ACCAAAGGACGAGGUCUGGUCGCAGAGUAGUUGUUACAAUCUCUGUGGGAAAAAUUACCCUCUGAUCCAAGUCCACUUGCAUCUGCCAAUCCCUGUUUGACCUUCAGCAGGCCCAGGUCCGGGGUUCCUUAAGAAUGGCUCCCAAAAACCCAUUCUUAAGGAAGGAACGGCAAGGAAAAUCUGCUAUAUGACAAUUUACACGAACUGGACCAAAACUCAGUGGCAAUAGAUCUUAUGGAGUGAUGAAUCCUGAUUUGAAAUUUUUGUUUCAAAACGUCAGUAAUUAUAGAGCAGCUCAGAAAGUAGUCAGAACAGUUAGUGUCAAAAGCCAUCUAUAAAACAUGGUGAAGACUUAUCAGAAGACUACUUAGAGAACCAGAAUAGGAAGGGCCUUUACUGGGCAAACACUGAGGUCAGUCAUCUGGAACUUUUUGAAGAGGAGCCAUGACUUUCAUUUUUGGUUUCUUUCAUUUUUGAUUUGGUAAAGUAACUUUUAUGCAACUAAUAUGCAAAUGUGAAUUUCUGAAAAAAUUGUGGUGAGAUUGUGGCUACUGUGCUGUUGCUUAGCAGGGUUGGGCUUAAAAUUUGCCCCUUUUUUAAGGGGCAUUUGUGUUAUCUCAUAGCCUUUGCCAGGACCUUUUUAUUUUUGUAAUCUUAGAGAGGAAAUUUAAAUCCACCAAUGAGAGCCAUCAAUUUUAGGUGAGUCAUCAGUUAACCAGCAGUGACAUGUAACUGCAUUCUCUGACGUGCGUAACCAAAGCUUCAUUAUUUCUGUCGCACUGUUACUGUUCCUUUAAAGGACGUGUUUGGGCGUAUGUGCUGAUAGGGCAAGAGUGUUGACGGGACUGGAGAGAAAACUCCGGCAUUAGCUGUCCUGUUACACACCAAUAAACCGCUGGUGAAAGAAGAACUUCUGGUGCUUGGGAGUCUACACAAACGUUACAACACAUUUGUGUACAGAAAGUGUUCAGCAUCGCAACAAUUUAUUUUUUACCUGUCAGACAGGAGAAAUACUGAGGUUUCAGUUUCACAGUCCACUCCUCCAACUACAACUAGGACUGAACAGUUGUUCUUCGUGAUCUUUGGAGUUGUGUUAAGAUGGGUGCAAUAUUCAAUCUACUUGAGCAGCACAGACUGGAAUCAUACUACAACCAGUUUGUUCAGAUGGGUGUUAAAGAUGAAAAAGAUUUCCUGGACAGUGUGAUGGAAGAAGAUUUAAACAGCAUUGGUUUAAGUCAUGUGGAAAAGAAUCGUUUUGCAAUCAUGAAAGACUUCAUUCAAAGACUGAGCACUCCAGAACGUCAAAUCCUAACUGGCAGACCGGUGCAAAAGUCAGUGAAGUCGUUCAGUCUUCAGUACACAUACCCCAAAUGUCUUAAACCAAAGGUUAUUUCAGAUAUGGAUCCGGCACAAAACACAAUUGAAGACAUAAUGCUGAGAAUCUGUCACCUUGAAAAUGUUGGAAACACCAAAGGAGUUUGUCUCUACACAGUAGAUGGGAUGCCCUUGACAGACGAUCCCUUCUUCAACACAUGGUCUUUGAAAGAAAGACACAUUGAAAAUGGAGCUGUAAUUUAUGCCAUUUUUACUCCGAGGGAAAACUUGACACAAGCUCCAAAAAUGCUAAGACAAGAGUCUGGCAAGACCUCUGGAACAGAUGUCAUUCGAUGUCACAUCAUGCUCAAGGGAAACUUUGAGAUUAUGGUGAAUUUGGAAACUGACACAAUCGCAACUCUAAAGGUGAUCCUGUCAAAUGCAAGUGGAAUACCAGCACAUGUCCUCCAUCCCAGAGGUAAUAAUUUGGGUGGUGACAUACUCCAAAAGUGUGGAAUCUCUGAAGGGUCAACUAUUGCCUUCGCUCUGUCCUCGUUUACUGAAGAGACUCCCCUUGAUGAAACUUUCUACAUCAAUGAUGUCGUGCCUUCAGUCCAACAAAGCCAGAAAGGAAUCAGUGUGUUCCUGUCUUCUCUUUAUGCUGUUGGGAAAGACCUUCCUGAAAUAAACCGGAACAAACUGAUAGCUUACAUACGAAAAUUGACGGGAUGUAACCCCCUCACCCAAAGUUUGCAUCAGUUACUCUGCAGGAAUGAAAGGAUGACCAGGAACCAGAAGAUUGCAGUUGUUGAGGGCUUAUACAUGCUCUUCAGGGAGUUAUUGCCCCAGCAAGCAACACAGCGAGGGAAAAAAAUCAUAGAGGACCAGGAUGUCUUUGAAAAUUCAUUGUACUGCUGGGCACAUCUCCUUUCAAAAAUUGAGAAACAAGCAUCAAACCAUGAAGUCUAUGCUCCCAUCUCUCUCGUGUCCAAAGAUGGUGACCAUUUCUGCGAACCUGUCAGAGUACCUGGAGUACCAGAUGUCUUUGAAAGGGCGUAUGUCCUUCAGAAAAUCAAAGAUGGAGAGAAGAUUCCAAAUUGCACCGAAGAGCCUUUGCGAGAAUUCUCACUACAGAGAGCCACUGACAUUGAGAAAAUCCUGCUCAGCAUUCCUCGAUUUGUCCGAACGUAUCCUCUGUGGAGUCUCCACGACAAGACAUCUGGUCAGAACUUUCAGGUGAAUAUUCAGUGGACCUUUGGCAGCAUGGUGGAACGUUUGAAAUCUUUCCCUCGCCUUAAUGUGACCCCACCUCUACAUCUGAAGGACCUGGGACAUUAUCAGAGCUGCCUUGUUCUACUUAGUGAAGAUAAUCUGGGCAUUUAUUUGCAUAAAAACAAAAGACCAGCUGAUAUGAUCGAAGUGCACAAUUGUCUGGAUGGAAAAGUAAAAACGAUGGAUUUAAACUUGCUAGCAGCCAACACUGGCGACCACAGAGACGACCAGUCAUUUGUUACAACCAGAACUCCAAAUGAGGCAAUACUGGUACUGAUCGAUACAAGCUCCUCGAUGGAAGAGGAGUGCUACGAAAAUGCAGAAAUAAAGAAAAUCAAUGCUGUCAAAGAGCUCUUUGACAACUUUGCCACGAGGAGCAUGGCGUACGAUUUCCAUCACGUCAUUGGUCUUGUAAAGUUUGACUCCAUGGUGAAAAUGCUCCACACAUUCACAGAAAAUCUGGAGAAGUUCAAGUUCCACACACGUAACCUUGAGGCGAGCGGAUGUACUCUGCUGUAUGACGCGCUACGACGUGGAGCUUCAGAGCUGGAAAAGAUCAAGGCGAGCUUCCCAGAUUGUAGACUCCGCGUCCUGUGCCUCACUGAUGGCAAUGAUUCUGGGUCCUUUAUGGACCCAGCUGCUGUGACAGCCAAGUUGCUGAAAGCAAACGUCACUGUGGAUUCAAUCCUUCUUGGAAAUGUGGAAAAUAACAUGCUCCAUGGAAUCAGCAAUGCAACAGGUGGCUGCUGUUUCAAACCACAGACAGUCAAAGAUGGUCUGAAACUCUUUGAGAUCGAGACAGUUCUUUCUCUGGAGCAGAGGAAGCCCAAAAAAAAACUUGACCCUUCUUCCAUCACUGAGGGAAUACUUAAAAGCAUGUUUACUACUCGGGGCUAUGAUGCAUAUCCAGAGACAUCCUUGCCAAGCCAGAUAAACAGCAAAGUGACGGUGACAGAAAGGUGAGUGGCAGAAACAUCCAUCCUGUAGAAGCUAAGAACACACCUGAUCAAAGAAAAUGAGUUUCUUGAGCUGUUAAUGAAACAAUUUACUCUGC